AUGAAAUUCUCUGCUGCCGCUUCCGUCUUGGCCCUUGCAUCUUCCGCCUUUGGUCUUCAACUCAUUGCCAAGUCUGAUCAGUCCGAUCUUAACAACGUUGGUAUUUCCUCCAUCCACGAGGGUGCUGCUAUCAACUACUUCUUUUUCGGCACCACUGCAACAGGAGAGGACUUGACCUACGCCAAGAGCAAUGGUACUCUCUCAGACGAUAUCGGUAGUUUCACUGCAUAUUUCCAGAUUGAAGACAACAUUGUCUUGUUGACUCCAGGAGCUCCUUACGAGAAGUACACCUUCUCCGACGAAGGUGCUCUCCAACUCAACGGAUCAUCCAAGGGUUUCUACGCUGCCAAGAACACUAAUGACCCAUACAGUUACUCCACUUCCGAGUACCAGUUGCUCUACUACCCAUCUGGUGAUGCUCCAUCUGGUGCUGUUGCCAUCACUUUGUAUGACAAGUCUGCGGUUUCUUCUUCUUCUUCAUCGUCAUCAUCGUCGUCAUCGUCUUCAGCUAAGAUCUCCUCCACGGUUUCCAGCACCAAAACCGUCUCCAGCUUCUCAAACAGCACUCUUCCAGCAAUCACCAACUAUGAGGGUGGUGCUGCCGGUCCAGCUGCCAUGGGAUCCCUCGGAGUCUUAGGUGCUGUUGCCCUUGCUUUGUUCGUUUGA